GCGCGUCCCACACGCCCACACGCCGGCCUCCCCGUCCCUUCGCGCGCCAUGGCGCAGCCUCUCCUCCUCCUCCUCCUCGCCGCCGCCGCCGCCGCCGCCGUCGCGGUGGUGGCGGUGGCGCAGACGAACAUGGCCGACGCCGAGGCGCUGAUGCAGCUGAAGAAGUCGUUCACCAACUCCUCCUCGCUGUCGUCGUGGCUCAUCACCAACACGGACGGCGACAAGUCGCCGUGCGCGCCGGGGUCGCACGAGUGGCAUGGCGUCGUGUGCUCCCGCGGCAAGGUCACCGGCCUCCGCCUCAAUGGCCUCCGCCUCGGCGGCACCGUCGACGUCGGCGCGCUCGUCGGCUUCCACAACCUGCGGUCCGUGUCGUUCGCCGGCAACAACUUCUCCGGCCCGCUCCCCGCCGUCGACCGGCUGACGUCGAUCAAGUCCAUGUUCUUCUCCGACAACCAGUUCACCGGUGUCCUCCCGGACGACUUCUUCUCCAAGCUCAGCCACCUCAAGAAGCUCUGGCUCGAUCACAACGAGCUCUCCGGCGCCAUCCCGGCGUCCAUCGCGCAGGCCACGUCGCUUCUUGAGCUCCACCUCGCGCACAACGCCUUCUCCGGCGAGCUCCCGCCGCUGCCGCCGCCGGCGCUCAAGGUGUUCGACAUCUCCUGGAACGACCUCGAGGGCGUCGUCCCGGAGGCUUUCCGGAAGUUCGACGCCGGCAGGUUCGGCGGCAACCAGUACCUCUGCUACGUGCCGACCUCCGACCGGCCGUGCAAGCGUGUGCAGGCGGCGGCGGCGAGCUCGUCCAAGAGGUCGCCCAUGGCGUUCGUCACGCUGCUCGUCUCGGUCGUCGUGGUGGCGCUCGUGCUUUGCCUGUGCUGCAACCGGUCGAGCCGCGUCCACGACUUCGACCCCGCCCACCGCGGCGGCGACGGUCUCGACGAGAGGCCGCCGGUGUACAUGGUGAAGCAGUUCUCGACGACGGGGAAGCGGAGCGCGUCGUGGCUGGGGAAGAGGACGGGGUCGUCGCUCCGCGGGCAUCGGCGCGCCGCGUCGGCCGCGAAGGCGGACGAGCUGGGCGGCGGCGCCGGUGACCUCGUCAUCGUGAACAACUGCAAGGGCGUGUUCGGGCUGACCGACCUGAUGAAGGCGGCGGCGGAGGUGAUCGGCAGCGGCGGGCACGGGUCGGCGUACAAGGCGGUGAUGGCGAACGGCGUGGCCGUGGUGGUGAAGCGCGCGCGCGACAUGAACCGCGCCACCAAGGACGCGUUCGAGGCCGAGAUGAAGCGGCUCGGCGCCAUGAGCCACGCCAACCUGCUGCCGCCGCUGGCCUACCAUUACCGGAGGGACGAGAAGCUGCUGGUCUACGAGUACAUCCCCAAGGGGAGCUUGCUCUACGUGCUCCACGGCGACCGGGGCAUGGACUACGCGGGGCUGGACUGGCCGACGCGGCUCAAGGUGGCCGUCGGCGUCGCGCGCGGCACGGCGUUCCUCCACGGCGAGCUCGCCGGGCACGAGGUGCCACACGGCAACCUCAAGUCGGCGAACAUCCUCCUCGCGCCGGACUUCGAGCCGCUCCUCGUCGACUUCGGCUACUCCGGCCUAAUCAACCACAUGCAGUCGCCGAACUCCAUGAUCGCGCGCCGGGCGCCGGAGUGCGCCGCCGGACACCCCGUCGGCGCCAAGGCCGACGUCUACUGCCUCGGCAUCGUCCUCCUCGAGCUCCUCACCGGCAAGUUCCCGUCCCUAUACCUCCAGAACGCCAAGGGCGGCACGGACCUCGUCAUGUGGGCGACGUCGGCGAUCGCCGACGGCUACGAGCGGGACCUGUUCGACAAGGCCAUCACGUCGGCGUGGAAGUUCGCGCUGCCGGACAUGGCGCGGCUCAUGCGCGUCGCCGUCGACUGCGUCGAGACGGACGCCGACAAGCGGCCGGACAUGAAGGUCGCCGCGGCGAGGGUGGAGGAGGUGGUCGCCGCGGCCAUGGCGACGGUGAGGGAGAGGCAUCAAGCGGCCGGUGGCGAGAGCAGCAGAAGCUCGUCGCACGCCCAGUACGUGCGAGACGGGUCCAUGCAGCGGAUCACAAGCGUCGGCGAGCGGUCGUCCCGGCGAGGUAGCAACGACUACUCGUCGUGAGACGGCCGGCGGCGAGGUGGCUGGCCGGAGACUUUUUUUUUUUUUUGGUAAGUCGGCGAGGCAAGCGAGGGUCAAAAUUUUCUCUUGUUUAUCUAUGUCAGCAAUAGCUAAAGCCUUCAGGAAGAAAAGAAACUGUUUCUGCGUCCAGUAUCGCACACACAGGAGCAUUUCAAUUUUCAAAGGCAGAAAUAUCAAACAAUACACAUCGAUCCAACCAGAUUCUUGCAGAA